UUUCUUCCACCAGGAAGUGACGCAAUGAAAACAACAGCGCGCAGUUCUCUCAGGUCGAAACUGGCGAAAAAGGGGCUAUCAUGUGUCCACUAUUGGAAUAAAUAAAUGUUUUAACGCGAGUCUAUUUCGACUGCCAGUGGAAGCGAGGCGUUGUGGAAACAUUUGGGCACAGGACUUCAUUUAAUGAGAUACCUGCAGCGAUGGCAGCUUCCUUACCUCAGAAGGGUAUGGCUGGGAUGCCCCAACAGCAGCAGCCCCAUCUGCCCCCCAACGCUGGCUCUGCCCCGGGACAGCCUCCCAUGCCCCCGCAGGGAGCGCUGAGAGAAAUCUCCCCGGUGUUCCUCUGUCGCAUUGGGCAGGAGACGGUCCAGGACAUUGUCACUCGCACCAUGGAGAUCUUCCAGAUCACUCGGGCCACGCCGCUCCCUAAUGGUGUGACUCAGAGCCAGGCUGUGUACCAGGACCGCUUUGGGAAGCUGCAGGAGCACCUGCGUCAGCUGACUCUUCUAUUUCGAAAGCUGCGUCUGCUGUAUGAACGCUGCGUGGAGAUGACCACUGACCUGCAGGAGGGGCCGGCGGAGCUGGUGCCAUAUGUCGGAGAGGAAAUGGCUUCUGUCAAAGUAGAGCCUUGCAGUCUGGCUGUCAACCAGGAGAGGCAAGAAGUUCUGGAGAAAGUGCGUCAGAAGAAUCAGGAGAUGAAGGUGCUGAUGGACCAGAUGAGGAACCUGCUGUGGGACGUCAAUGCCAUGCUGACCCUCAGGAAAUGACAGCGCUGCACCGGACCCGGUCUCUCCUGAGAGAUAAGAUGCCUCAGCAAGCAUACAGACUGACGAACACAGCAGAAACCAAGUGGAUUAAAGUGAAUUAUUUCUGGGUUUUGGAGAUGACAUGACUUGACCCGUAACUCAUUAGCAGGCACUUUGUCCUGGCACUUCAUCACUGAAACUCUUUGAAAAUUGAUUUUUUUUUUUUCUCCCAGCACCAUGUCUUUGAUUAUUUUUUGUAUAGCGUUGGGUUUGAAGUUAUUGAGAGAAAACAACUUACCAGAUGGGGUUGGGACUCAAGGUAAAGAUAAGAUCAAGGAUAAGACUUCGAUAUCACACUGAUGUACUCUGACUGUGGGAGAGGCUGAUUUUGCAAAGACUCCAAAUUCACAAGAAAUGUUUUCUUUUUUUUCAUAUACAUGGUAGCUGACAACCCUCUUUUAUAUGGUUGUUAAGGCUUUACCUAUAUUUUUUUUUUGUUUGUUUUAUUCUUUGUUUAUGCCAUGAAUAUUCAAGUACGGCAUGAGCUAUUAUUUUUCCAUCCUGCUUACAUCAUGCAUUGGAACCUGUGCUACCUUGGUUCUUCAAACAUUUUAUUCAUGGUCUUUUGCCCCCAAGUGCCAAAAGCCAGAGCAGACAGGCUUGAAUGGGUUGCAGUUAAUUCUUCCGGAAAGCACAGAGGCUGAUCUGAUGACAGUGCUAACAAUAGGAACAAUUGGUCUUAUUAUCCUCAGUGUGUUUGUACAAACAUUAGUCUCAUGGGUUCAGAAUACAGAUUAGCCCCAUGGCAGCUAUGUAUCUCAGGUGCUUUGUGUGUGUGUAUGUGUCAGUCUGCCUGCCUGCGUGUGUCUGUGUGUGCAUGUGUUAAAUACGAUUACCUUCCUGAGUGCUACACAACACCUGUUUACCCUUAGGGUGUUGAGACUUGCUAGCUGGUGAAUUUAUUUUUGUAAACUGCAGGAUAAGUUACUUUUUUUUUGUUUGUUUUUUUUUUACACAAAAUAAACUUUUUUUUCCUAACAAAAUCUAAGAACAUGCGUUGUACAGUGCUAGUCAAUUUGGGUCCAGUUCAGACCUUGAUUUGAUUUGAUUUUUAUGCACACUGCACUGCCUCUAAGCCAGGAGUUCCAGCGGGGUUGUGCGACUUUAUGUAAAAUGCACGAUUGAUGUGAUGUGAAUUUGUAAAUCAAGGCAACCUUCACAUUAUGAUAUACAGAUUCUGGCUGCGGCUUAAGUCCAUGUGUGCGCUCCUUUUCUAACGCACCCUGCAGUGAGUCGACUGCACCUGUCAGAUUCAUAAUGUAGCUAAAACUAGAAAUCAAUGAAUAGAAUAGAAUAGACAACAUACUAAUGAACACAAGAUGUCCAAUAGGAUAUGAAUUACUGAGUCAUAAAAACCUUGAGGGAAAUGAAGGAUACUGGGUGAUGCUGUUGAUUGGUCUCUGAAUAACUGAAUUGAUAUCAAAAGCAAUUAUUACAACCAAGGCAAUCUGAUGAAAAGUCCAACGCCUGAUGUACCACCGUAUCAGUGCAAAGGACAAGUAACACUGAGUUUUAAAUAAACUGCCGGCAAGGGCACACCCGGAAUCAUCAAUGCACGCGAGACACUGAGCGAGUCAAUUAGAAACGGUUCAGAUGUGCAUAUCUCAAUCUGUGCAAGAGCUGAAUAUUUUUGCAUCUAAAUUUGGCCC